GGCGUGGUCAGUGCACGGUGCUGGACUGGUUCCGGUGUCGGGUCGGUCCCCGGCUGCAGCUCCGACUGAUACCGAACUCCGUUUGAAAAUGGUCUAAUUUAAGAUGGCCGUGUGUUCCUCAGGUCCAGCUGUGAGCCGCUUUGUCCGGUGGACCGUCAGCAGGGUCGAGCUGUUGACAGAUAAACAAACUCUUCUGAAAUCGAGCUUCCACGAGCCGCUGGUGGGCGGGAGCUGGAGAAUGUCUGAAGAGGUUCCACAUGGGGAGCAGUCCCAAGCCCAGUCCACCCUGUCCCCGUCGCAGGCCCAGUCCACCCAAUCUGCCACCCAGUCCACCCUGUCCCCGUCCCAGCCCAAGUCCCAGCCCGGCUCCAGCUCGUCCAGCGGGCCGACGUCCGGCAGUCAGUCCUCCAGCGGUUCUGGGACUCUGAGCAGCGUGGACACCCUCCCUGUCACCCUGCCGUCCGUCCCCGAGGAGCCAGAACCACAACCCUGGGGCCGGCUGCUGCCGAUGGCCCGCGGCUUCAGGAGCCACGACUGCAUAGAGGACCAGUACCUGUUCGGACGAGACUCCAAGUGUAACUACGUCCUGGAUGAUCCUGAUCAAAAAGGAUCCACGAAGUUCAGAAUCUACAGCAAGAAACACUUCAGGAUCAUCAGAGUGAGCAGCUCCUUCAUGGUGAUCCUCAGAGCAGCUGGACUUCUGUUUUUGGUUCUUGAAGACGUUUCAGCUUCAUCCAGGAGGUUCCUCAGUUCUGAUGGGAAGUUCCAGGGAGGUGAAUUGUUCCACAGAGUAAAGUCUCAGCAGCAGCUUCAGGAGAACGUGGCCAAACUCUAUUUCUACCAGAUGCUUUGCGCCGUUCAGUACCUCCACAGUAACGGGAUCAUCCACAGAGACCUGAAGCCUGAGAACAUCCUGCUGUCCUCUCAGGAGGACGUCUGUCUCAUCAAGGUGACAGACUUUAACCAGUCCAGGAUCUUGGAGGAAACGGUCCUCAUGCGGACUCUGUGUGGGACUCCGUCCUAUCUGGCUCCUGAAGUCUUCACGCAGGCGUCCACCACCGGCUACAGCCUCGCUGUGGACGCUUGGAGCCUCGGAGUCCUGCUCUUCGUCUGUCUGGGUGGAUAUCCUCCGUUCCACGAGAGUUUUGGUCACCAGUCGGUCACAGAUCAGAUCAUUCUUGGAGAGUUCACCAUGUUUCCAUCCAAGUGGAGACACAUCUCUGAUCAAGCAAAGGAUGUGGUGAGGAGGCUGCUGGUCGUCGAUCCCAGCAAGAGGAUGAGCAUCGAGGAAGCUCUGCAGCACCCCUGGUUACAGGAUAAGGUGAUGCUGGAGACGGCUCAGAGACUCAUGUACCCGCCUGCAGAGGAGGAGGCUGCUGCUGCUGCUGCUGCUGCUGCCGCCGCCGCCGCCAUGCAGGAGGCGGCGCCAUCGGGAGAAGCCUCAAAGAGGAAACGAGGACCAAACGACGGAGACGAAGAGGACCAACAUCCUGCCAAACGGAGCCAAGCCCCGCCCCCCGGCGCCGUGUAGAGGACCAACCUGCUCACUGCUGAAACACUGCUGUAAAUAAAGUUUAUUGAUAUUUUCUAAUAAAGCCUUUUAUGUUUUUCA